GCCGGUACGCCUGCGCUCUGCUGGCCGCUCGUGGGCCCGGCCGACGCCUGCGCGGUGGCGCGGGCGAGUGGGGGGGCGAGGAGGAGGUGGAGGAGGAGGAGGAGGAGGAGGCGGCGGCGAGAAGAUGGCGACUUCGAACAAUCCGCGGAAAUUCAGCGAGAAGAUCGCGCUGCACAAUCAGAAGCAGGCGGAGGAGACGGCGGCCUUCGAGGAGGUCAUGAAGGACCUGAGCCUGACGCGGGCCGCGCGGCUGCAGCUUCAGAAGUCCCAGUACCUGCAGCUGGGCCCGAGCCGCGGCCAGUACUAUGGCGGGUCCCUGCCCAACGUGAACCAGAUUGGGAGCAGCACCGCAGACCUGCCCUUCCAGCCCAGCGGAUUUCUGGGGGAGGCCCUGGCAGCGGCUCCUGUCUCUCUGACGCCUUUCCAGUCCUCGGGCCUGGACACCAGCCGGACCACCCGACACCACGGGCUGGUGGACAGAGUGUACCGUGAGCGCGGCCGCCUUGGGUCCCCGCACCGCCGGCCCCUGUCGGUGGACAAGCACGGACGGCAGGCCGACAGCUGCCCGUACGGCACUGUGUACCUCUCGCCGCCCGCAGACAGCAGCUGGAGGAGGACCAACUCUGACUCCGCCCUGCACCAGAGCACAAUGGCGCCCACCCAGCUGGAGUCCUUCACGGGAGGGUCGCAGGACACACACCACAAGAGAGUCUUGCUGUUGACGGUCCCAGGGAUGGACGAGGCCACAUCGGAGGCAGACAAGACCUUGUCCAAGCCGGCCUGGGAUGCCAAGAAGACGGGGUCCAGGCCCAAGUCCUGUGAGGUCCCUGGCAUCAACAUCUUCCCAUCUACUGACCAGGAGAGCACGACGGCCCUGAUCCCCGCCACCCACAACACGGGGGGCUCCCUGCCUGACCUGACCAACAUCCACUUCCCAUCCCCGCUGCCAACCCCGCUGGACCCCGAGGAGCCCCCGUUCCCCGCACUCAGCGGCUCCAGCAGCACCGGCAACCUGGCGGGCAACCUGACCCAUCUGGGCCUCGGCGGCGCUGGCCAGGGGAUGAGCACACCAGGCUCCUCUCCGCAGCACCGGCCCGCCGGCGUCAGCCCCCUGGCCCUGGGCACAGAGGCGAGGCGGCAGCAGAGCCAGCAGGUGUCUCCCACCUUGUCCCCACUAUCACCCAUCACACAGGCGGUGGCCAUGGACGCCCUGUCGCUGGAGCAGCAGCUGCCCUACGCCUUCUUCACCCAGGCGGGCUCCCAGCAGCCCCCGCCUCCCCAGCCCCAGCCACCGCCGCCGCCACCGCCCGCCUCCCAGCAGCAGCCACCCCCACCACCCCCGCAGGUGCCCAUCGGCCUCCCCCCUGGCGGCCCUCUGAUGCCCAGUGCCAGCCUGACUCGGGGGCCACAGCUGCCCCCGCUUGCGGUCACGGUACCGUCCUCUCUCCCCCAGUCCCCCCCAGAGAAUCCGGGCCAGCCAUCAAUGGGGAUCGACAUCACCUCGGCCCCAGCGCUGCAGCAGUACCGCGCUAGUGCCGGCUCGCCUGCCAACCAGUCCCCCACCUCGCCAGUCUCCAAUCAAGGCUUCUCGCCCGGGAGCUCCCCACAACACUCUCCCGCCUUGGGCAGCGUGUUUGGGGACGUGUUCUAUGAGCAGCAGAUGGCGGCCAGGCAGGCUAACGCUCUGUCCCACCAGCUGGAACAGUUCAACAUGGUGGAGAGCGCCCUCAGCCCCGGCGGCCUGUACAGCCCAAGCUCCACACUGAACUACUCACAGGUGGCCAUGAUGGGGCUGGCGGGCAGCCCUGGGAGCCCGCAGGACGCGCAGCCGCUGGGCUACGCCGGCCACAGCGCCAUCCCCAACAUCAUCCUCACAGUGACAGGAGAGUCACCCCCAAGUCUCUCCAAAGACCUGACCAGCACUCUGGCCGGGGUCAGCGACGUCAGCUUCGACCCCGACAGCCAGUUCCCCCUGGAUGAACUCAAGAUUGACCCCCUGACCCUCGACGGACUGCACAUGCUCAACGACCCCGACAUGGUCCUGGCUGACCCGGCCACUGAGGACACCUUCCGGAUGGAUCGGCUGUGAGCGGCCACACCCGGCAGCCUGCCACCGCCACCACUGGCAUCUCCCGGAGCCCGGGGACAGCCGCCUGUACCCCUCGCCAACGGCCGAGCUUGUGAUUCUGAGCUUGCAAUGCCGCCGAGCGCCCCCACCAGCCCGCCCCGCGGUUGUCCACCUCCUGCUGCUGCCCGGUGCCUGAGCCAGGUUGGGACGGUCCCUGCGCUCAAGCCCCAGGUGCCCCUUGUAAGAUGCCAACCAUGUCGUUCCCAGCGUGGGGGGCCGGGCAGGCUGGGAUGGGGGCGUCCGUGGGCAGAGGUGCAUUUUCCGACUGUUGUUCAGCUCUCACUGCCUUUCGUGGUCCCCGGUUCCCACACCCUCGCGCCGUCCGUCCCCAGCCCUGGCCAGGUAUCCAGCGGGGAGCAGGGCUGGGCGGGGGGAUGAAAUAAACACUACCUUGAUGGCCGAGUCCUUCCGUGGCAGAGCGUGAAGUUUAGAAGGAUCUGCUCGGCAGCGAUGCCCCCAACCUGUCUCCACCCUGUCCCCCAGCCGGGUCUUCCGGGGGGCCAGCUCCUUCCGAGAUGCCUGGCCGGGCCCAGGCCCUGAGGGGGUCUCGGGCCCCCGUGAGGCGGGGGGCAUCUGUGGCUCUGACUGCCGGGCCAGCCCCGCCCCUCCCUCGGCGCAGCGCUGGAUGAGCGCAGGUCAUCUGCGGGGUGGGGCGGGGAGGGACAGCUGGAAACGGUCUGGGCUUUUCUUCGUCUCAGUUCGUAUUUCGUGUUGGUUGUAGACAAGUAGCUGAACCCUCCCAGCCGACACUUGCCUGAGAGCAUGUUUUUAUACUCCCGGGCCCACCGCCUGUCUCUCAAGCUAACUGGAAAUGCGGGUGCGGCCGCCCGGCGCCCCCGCCGCAUCCCUGUACUUUUUAGUUCCGCUCCCAAGUUCCUUAAAGACAAAAGCGCCGCUUCUUCCAGGCUGGUGAGCACAGUGGGGACUUUGUAGAAGCUCUUGGGGGCCCAAGCCCUUCAUUAACAAGGCCAUGGCAGACUUCUGGGGCACAGCCUCGGCUUUAUUGAGCACCCCCCACCCCCCAGGUGCCCGCCAGACCACGGGUCGGGUGCCUUAAACUUCCUUGACCACCAGCAGCAGCCAGGGCCCCUGCGCCAGGCGUCGGGGCUGGCGGGAAGAGAACCCCAAGGACCAGGGCGGAGCUGCACUUCCUCCCUGCACCCGUUGCUCACGCCCAAGCCGCGGGCAGCUGUCCCAGGCCUCCCCCUCUGCGCUGCGCCAGGAUGAGGCAGAGGUGGGCGUUGAGAGGCCUGUGUUUCUGAGACAGGUGCGGGGCCUCCUCACAGAGGCUGGGGUGGUAGUGGGGUGGCGGCAGGACGGGCAUGGUCUCCACCAGCCACUUGGGGCGAGGAGCUCCGGUUUUCUGCUAAGUUGGUCUCCCAUGCUCCCGCGGCCGCUGCCCACCAGGCGGGCCUCCUGCUUGGUGUAUUUCUUCGUGAUGUCGAAGCCCGCUGCACAGGGCCUUGGGACCCGCGCACUUGUCCUGGCGCUUUGAGCACCUGCCUGGUGGCUGCUGGCCUGAGAAGGCUGCCCCUCCUCCGCCACUGCAUUGUGGCCACUGUCGCUCUGAGCCCCGCCUCCCCGCCCAGGUCUCAGGCCCAGUCUCUGACUGCAGGUUAAGCUGGGAGCAGAGUAGGGACUUUUUUUUUUUAAAGAAAAACUACAUGUACAUAGCGUUUGAUUACCAUUAGACCUGUAUGUAGAACUUUUUAAAAAUGGCCUUAAUAAAAUGACAUGCAACCCACCUGGAUGCAAUUUUCAAACAAGCAUGGGUGGGGGACCCCCCAAGGGAGCCUUGUGGCCCCCACUUCCCGUCUGCCCGGCCACCACCCUCUGCUUUUCUGGGUUCUUGGUGCAGAUAGGCAGGCAAGAGGGGACAUCACCCACAGCAGGGGCACGGGUGACAGUGUACCAGGGCGAUGGGCUGAGGUGGGGGCAUCCCCGCAUUCUGAGCGGUCUCACCCUCCUGGGCCUGCACAGGCGGUUUGUGGUAUUUUUUUUCUGACUUCUCGAUAUCAUUUCUCUACUGCUUACUCCUGAAUUGCCAAGACUUUCAGAAAUGAGACGACCUCGGGGAGCCUGCCCUUCGUGAUGUGAAAAUACCGUGAUCUCAGCCAAGCUCGCCAUGUGGGUGGGUGGCCACAGCGUCGUGUAUGGAGACCCGUCACACGUCCUGGCUGGCUCGGACAGGCCGGACCCUACUCCGCCCUCGUGCCGUGCGCUGGCUUCCACCAGGCUCCCGGCCACACGGGCCUCUUCCCUGGGACAGAAGCAAGAGGAUGCUGUCCCCCACCUGCCUCAGUUUACUUUCCGUCCUCCAGUUCCCAAAGGGGGGAGUUUGUUCCCCCACAAGGCUCAUCAGCUGAGGCUGGAGGUGGGGCAGCCCCUCUCAGUGCUGAGGAGAAUUUGUGCCCCCCUCCCUGGCACCGUCUCCUGGGUUUUGGGUGACGUGGGGGCAGGGUCUGACAGUGCGUGUGGCCCUGGAGGGGGCUCAGCUAGGAGGGCCUCCCUGUGUCAGCACGUGUCACCCGGCGUCAGGCCAGGGCAGCUCGUGGUCUUCUGCUGGGGCUGGGGUGUCAGAGUGCGGGGUCGUUUGGAGAUGCUCACUGUGGCUCCGUCUUGGGGGACAGGAGCAGGCUAGAGGCCUGCCGGGAGCCAGCAGGGCUUGGGCACAGGGCAGCCACCCUGUGUCGCUGCCCGUCUCUAGGGGGAACCUGGAGCCCCUCUCAGUCCUCACGACCUCUGUGGGCCUCAGGCUGGCUCCAGACCAAAUGUCCUUCCAGAGUUGCGCCCUGGACACAGGCUGUACACAGGGAGACCCUGCACCCCCCUCUGGUCCUUAGGGGGUGCUGGCCAUAGGCUAUGGGGCUAGUGGUACCCAGGUACCCCAGUGGGCCUGUGGUCCCUGUAGGGGAGCAUCUGGGCCCCUUGGCCCUGGUCCUGCACUCCCUGCAGGGGUCUCCUGCAGUGUGACUUGGCCCUCCCCUGUUGUUGAAGCCUGAGCCAACCGGGCUGUCAGCUUCCCUGUGGCCCGCGGGGGUCCUGGGCAGGCAGGAGUGGCAUCCCCUGUGAGCCUGCAGUACCACGCUGUCACAGACACCGUCUCCCUCCAGGGCCAGGAGAUGAGCUGACCUGCACCCAAGCCUGGGUGCUGGGUGUUUCCAAGGGCAGGAGCGUGCCCGCAGGCCCUGCGCCUGGGUUUCCUCCUGCCAUUUUCUUAGGCCUGAAGGACUCAGGGCCCUGGCUGCCUCCUGGGCAGGGUGGGGGCAGGGCUGGGCCUCAGGGUGCUGGCUGCAGAGCUGUCGCCCUUCCCCCACUUCCUUCUGACCUCCACAUCGGCACCCCAAGCCUGGGAUGUGCGGCCCAGGUGAGGGUGGGCUCUGAAGCCGAGGCAGUCCACGAUGGGCCUUGGACAGUGCCCGCCAGGUCCCGGGACCUAGUGAGGCCUGGCAGCAGCCUGGAGUAGGGGCCCGGGCCCACGGGCCCCGGAGGAGGCUGCCCGGCGCUGGUGCCACUGAUAUAUGCAAACUGCCUGUCUGCCAGCCCUGCCCCGCGCCCUGCGCCGCUGGCUGUGUCCUCCGCAUGCACGCACCGCCGCGGUGUGCCAGCUCCGUGGCAGGCUGAGGUGGGUGCUCAGGGCACUCUCGGCCGCCCCUGCCUGUCCUCUGGCGUGGACGCUUUGUCUUUGUACCUUUGCAUCCUUUGUAAUGAAAUGUAAUAAAAAUCCAAUGUUUUCGUC